AUGGCCGAGGAGAGGCGGGCCAAGGCGGCGGGCCAAGGCGGCGGGCCCUCGGGCCCCUUGAGCCUCCUGACGACGCAGCUGCCCGGCGAGUCCAUGAAGGCGGUGGCCGAGACGGUGGGCGUCGCGCAGCUGCCCGAGGAGACCUGCCAGCUCCUGGCCGACGAGGUCAGCUACCGCCUCAAGGAGGUCGCCCAGGACGCGCUGAAGUUCAUGCGGAUGGGGAAGCGGAGGAACCUGAGCACCGCUGACUUUGACUUCGCCCUCAAGCUGAAGAACGUGGAGCCACUGUACGGGUUCCAUGCCCAGGAGUUCAUCCCCUUCCGCUACGCCAGCGGCGGGGGCCGCGAGCUCUACUUCUACGAGGAGAAGGAGGUGGACCUGAGCGACAUCAUCAACACGCCUCUCCCCCGCGUGCCUCUGGACGUCUGCCUCAAGGCACACUGGCUGAGCAUUGAGGGUGUCCAACCUGCCAUCCCAGAAAACCCACCACCAGCCCCCAAGGAGCAACAGAAAGUAGAGGCCACGGAGCCCCUGAAAGCCACUAAGCCUGGCCAGGAGGAGGACGGCACCCUCAAGGGCAAAGGGCAGAACGUCGCAUCAGCCGAUAGCAAAGGCAAAGAGAAAAAGGCCCCCCUUUUGGAGGGCGCACCCCUGAAAUUGAAGCCACGCAGUAUCCAUGAGCUCUCGGUGGAGCAGCAGCUGUACUACAAAGAGAUCACGGAGGCCUGCGUGGGGUCCUGUGAAGCCAAGCGUGCGGAGGCCCUUCAGAGCAUCGCCACCGACCCUGGCCUGUACCAGAUGCUGCCGCGCUUCAGCACCUUCAUCUCAGAAGGGGUGCGUGUCAACGUUGUCCAGAACAACCUCGCUCUCUUGAUUUACCUCAUGCGGAUGGUGAAAGCGCUGAUGGACAAUCCCACUCUCUACUUGGAGAAAUAUCUCCAUGAACUCAUCCCAGCAGUCAUGACCUGCAUCGUCAGCCGCCAGCUCUGCCUGAGGCCCGACGUGGACAACCACUGGGCGCUGCGGGAUUUUGCCGCCCGCCUCAUCGCCCAGAUCUGCAAGAACUUCAGUACCACCACCAACAACAUCCAGUCCCGAAUCACCAAAACCUUCACCAAGAGCUGGGUGGAUGAGAAGACACCAUGGACCACGCGCUACGGAUCCAUUGCAGGGCUGGCUGAGCUUGGACAUGAUGUGAUCAAGACACUGAUUCUGCCACGGCUGCAGGUGGAAGGGGAGCGUGUCCGUUCUGUGCUGGAGGGCCCUGUGGUCAGCAACAUUGACAAGAUUGGGGCUGACCACGUCCAGAGUCUCCUUCUGAAACACUGUGCUCCUGUCUUGGCAAAGCUGCGCCCACCACCCGACAACCAGGAAGCCUAUCGCUCAGAGUAUGGGGCGCUGGGCACUCUCCUGUGUACCCACGUGGUUAAGGCCAGGGCUCAGGCUGCCAUGCAGGCCCAGCAGGUCAACCGCACCACCCUGACCAUCACCCAGCCGCGUCCAACGCUGACGCUCUCCCAGGCUCCCCAGGGGGGCAGUAAUGCCUCGCGUGCUCCCAGCAUCCUCAAGAUGCCCAGCUCCAUCACGCUGCCUGUGCAGACUCUUGUCACAGCCCGGCCGGCCACCCCCACCCAGCCCUCUCCGCCGCCGACCAAGUUCAUCGUCAUGUCCUCCACCUCGGGCUCCUCCACCUCCCAGCAGGUGAUCACACUCAGCGGGGGGCCCGCCAGCACCUCCACCUCCCCCGUCACCACCACCGUCCCCAGCACCCAGCCCCUGGUGAAGCUGGUCUCAGGGGGGCAGGCGGCCCCCAGCCCCCCGGUCUCAGGAAGUGUCCAGAAGUACAUUGUGGUCUCUCUGCCUCCGGCUGCGGAGGGCAAAGGGGCUGGGGGCAGUGGUGGCGGUGGCGCCCAGCUCUCCCCUUCUUCUUCUUCCUCCUCGGCUUCCACUCCACCCAGCCUGGGCUUCUCUGGGGGGGCCGUCAAGCAGGAGCAGAGUGACAGCCCCCAGCCCCCCGGGAGCAGCAGCAGCACCGCCUUGGCCACGGCCUUCCUCACCAAAGCCAAUGGGGGGGCACAGGGGGGGGCAGUGCCGAGUCCCCGCAGCCCUCCCUGUGAGCCCCCUGGGACUCAGCUGCAUAACUGAAUUGGGGGAGUGGGGCACACAGCCAGCUCACCCCCCCCCCCAGCAGAGGCACUCUGUUGCCCUAUGCCCUCCUCCCCUCCUGUGGGCUGCCUGCUCUAUCCCCUCCUUGGGGGAG